UCAGAAUUCACAAGGGGAAUGUAUGUUUGUGAGCGAGAGGGAAUGUGGAAUAGCGGAACAAAGAGAAUUUGCUGGAAUACAAUUAUAUACAAUUGCCAAGUUUAUCUUUUCUUAUGGUUGGAUCUAGAGAUAAGGCAUCUGCUAGGUUUUCAGUUAAACUCAAUAAUUAAUCAAUUUCAUGACGUCCUCUGAAUUCUCUUUCUGUCUUUUAUAGUUGACAGAUUAGCAUGCUUUUUUCUUUUUAAAUUUAGUAUAUUUUUCUAAAACUUGCGUUUACAAUCCUUGUUAACAUUUUAAUGACGAAAAAAGAGGUGCUAGUUACCAGGAAAUUAAGGUUGUAGUCUGGUAGGGAUAAAUGAAGGAUUGCAACAGAGCCCUCCGACUGCAGAUCAUGGAGGGGAGCCGUAGCCAUGGGAGAAUGAACAGUGCCAUAAGGCUACCAAACGAAGAAUAUGAUUGCCUCCUCCCUCCCUCCUCCUCUUCUUCCUCCUCAUCUUCACUUCACCCUCAGAUAUCUAUGGCUCCUUGUCAUGCUAGCCAAGACCUUCCACUCUCAUGGAGCCAACUAUUACUGGGAGAAUCGUAUACUGAUGAAGAGAAAUUUGGUUUGGCAACAACUCUUGAUAGGAGAAAAAUGGAUAACUGUUGGGAAGAACAAAUGGUAAACCCAGCCAGAUUUGCUUUGGCUGGCAUCCAGCAAGAAUUCUAUGGAAAAGUUCUACCGGCUUCUUUCUCUUCCACUUUAAGCAAGAACAUGUUCGAAUUCUCAAACAAGAAUAAUAUGUAUAUUCAGCUAGCUAAUAGUUCAUCUGAGUGCAACAGCAUAAGAACUGGUACAGCUCCGAAGAAGGCUAGGUUUCAAGGUUCCUUCUCAACUCAAUCCACUUUCAAGGUAAGGAAGGAGAAAAUAGGUGAUAGAAUAACUGCACUUCAUCAGCUUGUUUCCCCCUUUGGAAAGACUGAUACGGCUUCAGUAUUGCUAGAAGUCAGUGGCUACAUCAGAUUCCUACAGAGUCAAAUUGAGGCUCUGAGCUUACCCUACUUGAGCAGUGCUCCAGGGAACAUGAAGCAUCCUCAAACUGGAAGAAACAACAAUGAGGGAGAGAAGAAGGAUCUGAAGAGCAGGGGAUUAUGCCUUGUUCCAGUUUCCUUCAUCCUGCAAGUAUAAGGAAGCAACAGCAUGGCGGAGUUCAUUAGGGAGCAUUCGAAUAUACAGAUACACAGGUGUGAUAGGUUCUCAGAAUGCUUGGAGCGUAGUAGAUAUGCAUGCAUAACAUCAGUAGCAGUCACUAUGAAUGAAGAUUGAUUGCUCCUGAUAGUAUGCAUAAGCUAUAACUAAGAAACAAAAUUUCCAAGUCAGCUAAGAACCAAGCAGGAACUUAAGCAUUAAUUCCCUAAUCGCCUAUGAUUUAUGACUCCCUCCCCCUUUGUUUAACCUCUGAGAACAUUGAUGUUGUACAUGUUCUUAUUCGGUGUGAUCGUAUUAAAUUUCUAGAAUUGGGAAGAA